AGCAAAAGAAAAUAAAGCUCCAAAGAGGGACAAGCACCUGGGCUUUUCGUCCUGCGGUCCCUUUAAGAGAAGAACCUCUUGGAACCGGCAGUCUCAACCGACCCCAGUUUUAACCGAAACCUAACCCGGACUUCCCCAUCUUGACUCAAAUACGACCAACUUUGGAUUUUCCCUCUCCUAUUGACCAAUCAGAGCCUGUUACCAGGCAGACUUUUGAGGCCGCUGGUGCGAGCCGGGCGCCUUCUGUCUCCGGGUGGCAGCAGCGACCAAUGAUAGAGCAGGCUGACCGUGUAUCUAGGCAGAUUGGGGCUGUUACAACCAUUCAGAAAAAAGAAAAUAAAGAAACGCACGAGCCCGCUGGGCAGGACCGUGGGGCUGGGCUGGAGUGAAGGUGGCUGCGAGCCCUCAUGCCGGGAUGGCGGAAGACGAGCCUGAUGCUAAGAGCCCAAAGACUGGGGCGAGGGCCCCCCCAGGUCACGCGGAGACUGGCGAACCCACCACCCUUCUUCAGAGGCUCCGAGGUAGCAUUUCCAAGGCCGUGCAAAACAAAGUGGAGGGGAUCCUGCAAGAUGUACAGAAAUUGUCAGACAACGACAAGCUGUAUCUCUACCUUCAGCUCCCCUCAGGACCCAGCACCGGAGACAAAAGCUCAGAGCCCAGUACACUCAGCAAUGAGGAGUACAUGUAUGCCUAUAGGUGGAUCCGUAACCACCUAGAAGAGCACGCUGAUACCUGCCUGCCAAAGCAAAGCGUUUAUGAUGCCUAUCGGAAGUACUGUGAGAGCCUCGCCUGUUGCCGUCCGCUCAGCACAGCCAACUUUGGCAAAAUCAUCAGGGAGAUUUUCCCUGACAUCAAGGCCCGCAGGCUUGGUGGCCGGGGCCAGUCCAAAUACUGCUAUAGUGGCAUUCGAAGAAAGACCUUGGUGUCUAUGCCCCCCCUGCCUGGACUUGACCUGAAGGGUUCUGAGAGUCCAGAAAUGGGCCCAGAAGUAACCCCAGCACCUCGGGAUGAACUGGUAGAGGCAGCCUGCGCCCUGACCUGUGACUGGGCGGAGCGAAUCCUGAAAAGGUCCUUCAGUUCCAUCGUGGAGGUCGCCCGCUUCCUACUACAGCAGCAUCUUAUCUCCGCCCGAUCGGCUCACGCUCACGUGCUCAAGGCCGUGGGGCUUGCUGAAGAGGACGAACAUGCUCCUCGGGAACGGUCAUCUAAGUCCAAGAAUGGUGUGGAGAACCUGGAGGCCGGAGCCCAGAAGAAGCCUGAGAAGCCAACCCAGCCUCCCAAGGAGCUAGAACCCCGGGCUGGGGCUGGCGCCUCAGUGCGUGGAGAGAGGAAGAAGAACGUAGUAGAGACCCCAGCCCCGGCAGCCAGUAACCCACAGGUUAACGCCCUGGUGGCUCGGCUACCGCUGCUCCUCCCCCGGACCCCUCGCUCACACCUUCAGCCAAUCCGAGUCUCUCCGCCUAUCCUGGCCCCCAGGCUUCCUUCAGGCCCCCUGAAGGUGGCUACGCUGCCUCUGCCCAGUAGAGGUGGGGGGCCUCCAGCAGCUGUGCCCAUCAUUAACAUGAUCUUACCAACUGUUCCUGCUUUGCCUGGGCCUGGGCGAGCACCACCUGUGGGUCUCACUCAGCCCCAGUGCACAGACAACAAGGAGGUAGGCAUAGGGGGUGACCCGGGACCCCAGGACAAGGGUGUCAAGAGGACGGCUGAAGUAGCUGUGAGCGAGGCCAGUGGGCAGGACCCGCCAGCUAAAGCAGCAAAGCAGGAUAUAGAGGAUACGGGAGCCGAUGCCAAAAGAAAACGGGGGCGCCCUCGGAAAAAAUCCGGUGGAAGCAAGGAAAGGAAUUCUACCCCUGAGAAGUCAGCAGCUGCCCUGGACUCCGCCCAGCCCUCCAGGUUAACACUGGAGACUUGGGGCUCUGGAAGGGAAAGCAACUCAGCUGGAGGGUCAGAGAGGCCAGGGCUAAUGGGAGAGGCUAGGAAGGGGACAGUGCUUGCCCAGGGUCGGGAAGAUGGUGCUAUUUCCAAAGGAGUAAGGGGCUCCAGUUCCCGGCAUACCAAAGAAGCGGAAGAUAAGAUUCUUCUUGUCGCUCCUAAAGUGAGCGUCAUCAAGGGCAGUAGAAGCCAGAAGGAGGCUCUUCGGUUGGUGAAGGGAGAGGAAGAGACUGCAGCCCAGGGUAAUAAAGACUUAAAGGGGCACGUGCUUCAAAGCUGCUUACCCCAUGAGUGUAAAGACCCCAAAGCAACACCGCCGUGAUAGGUGGGGAAGAGUGUUUCUAUACCUACGUCAGCUCUGCCUGCCCAGCAGAGCCUUUGUUGCACUUGCUUCUCAUUUGCCUCAUCUUCCCUUGAGGGAGUCCGUUCUCUGGUCUAGACAGCUGAGUCACCUAGUCUUACCUGCUGCCUAGUGCACCUGCCUCUGACCCAGCUUAAUCCUCUUGCCUUUAACAUCACCAGUAAAUUUUAGUGACCUUACCUGGAUCCCUGUGCUGUCCUGUGGGAAGGUAGGGACAGGGUCUGUGUGAUAUUUUGGCUUUAAAUCAUAGAAAACCUAACUCAAACUGGCUUAAAAAUAAAAAGGAUUUAUUGGCUCAAGUAAUGGUGAAGUGCAGAGGUGGGGCUAGCUUCAGGUGAAGCUUGAUCCAGUGGUUCAGUAUGUCACUAAAUACCUGAUUUAUUCUCUCUGCUCCACCUUCCAUAGGAUCAUCUUAAGGCUGGGCCACCUCAUGGCUGCCAACACUCCUAGAAUUACAUGUUUCUUCAUUUAUGUCCAACCAGAAACAGUGGGCAUCUUUGUGCUAGAAAUCCUAGCAAAAGCCCUAAGAUUGACUCUGAUCAGGCCAGCCUGGGUCACAUGUCCAUCCCUAACUAAUCACUGUGGCCUGAGGAUGGAAUAUGCUGAUUUGCUUACUCUACAUCAUGGACUACACCUUUCUUAAAAAGGACUGGCCUCUUCAGAAUCAUAUAGAUUCCCCAAAUGGAAGGUGUGAUGGGGGAGUUGCUAGCCGAGGAGGCUGGUACUAUGAAGUUCAUGCUAUCAGCUAGCCCUGCUUCCUUUCUCAUCAGUCUUGUUUCCCUUACUGCAGUUGCGACCUGCUUCCUCUUGUUCUAGUCUAGAAGGAACAAAAGGGAAUUCAUUCUUCUUUAGGGACUCUCUCCACUCUCCCCUUAAGAUGACAAUCCCUUUUUUCACCUACAUUCUCAGAGGGGGCUGUUUCCUUUUCCUGUUUAUGAGUUUUAGCGUUCCUGUUACUGUCAUCCCCCACCCUACGGCCACUUUCACCAAGAAAAGUAGAUUUACUGCCUGGGCAUUUCAUUAAGUUCGUUCUGUAUCCACCAGGUGUCAGUCUCUGGGCGUACCUGUGUGGGGUUUAGGCCAGAAUCUUGAUGUAUGGAAGGAAGUAGCUCAGCAUUUCAAGGAGCUCCAAUGGGGAAAUAAUACAGACCCUACAGGUUUGUCCUGGGAAAAUGCAGUAAACCAAUGUUUAUUGAGGAUCUACUUUGUCUUUUGCAUAGAGUAGCUUCUGUCAGGGAAUCUUGGUUUUACCAAGAAAUAGAUUUUCUUUCAGGGAGAUUCAUUUGUUCACUUAUUUCCACUUCAGUGGAUUUCUAAAAAAUAUGGAAUAUUUGAUAUCUAUAAAGAACAUAUGUAACAUAAAUUAUGAAGCAUAAUUAUAAAAUGAAUACUUACAACCCA